AUUACGUUAAGUUUGGAUUUACGUUCAUAGAAAAAGACGAGUUACAAUUGCCUCAGUGUGUGAUAUGUAUGAAAGUUUUAAGUUUUAGCAUGAGGCCCAAACGACUUGAAAGGCAUUUGAAACAACAACAUCCUGCUCUGGUUUUGAAGACGGAAGGCAAAAUCACUCAAGCGGAUGAGACUGGAAGUUAUCACACAUGUGUAUCGCAGCAUCUCAAAGCUUCAUUUGGAAUGGCUUUUAUGAUAGCAAAGCAAAAGAAACCUCAUACUAUCGGUGAAGAAUUAAUAAAGCCAUGUAUCCUAAAAGCCACAUGUAGCUCCAGUUGCAAGUACUCUCACGUAGCACAUCACCAUCCCCUCCAUCCCACCGCCAUGACGUCAUGA